AGUGGAUAGUUUCGGCGGAAAAUCCUACGGAAGGAUCCCGUGCUUCUUCUUCUUCUUCUUCCAAUAGCUGGUUCUCCGACAUCCUCAAUCCCCCCAAUACAACACCCACACCGCAACAAAGCUUCGAACCUCAACCUCGAGUCCCCACUCUCAUCUCUGCCCCGGAAGUCCAGAUUCCAGACAGAGACCCCUUCUCGCCACGGCCACGUGGGAUCCCAAUUCCUCCGGGCCGGAGCUUUCAGAAUGGUCCAACACUUUUGACCGACACCCAUUUGCUCUCUCCCCCCAAAAAACUUAUUGAGUCGGUUCAGAGGAGGUCCGUCUCUUCGUCCACGCUUUGACAUAUGGAAAUCAUGAGCAGAUUCAGCACUAGUAGUCAAUCUUCAAGGCAACAUGAUAAUAAGAAGAAGCUGGUUAUGGCUGGUCCAGAUCAAUCUCGACGUAAAGCCCACAUAGCAGAGCCUGCACCAGACCUCACUGACUUCAUGAACGACAUGUUUUUUGGUUCCAUCAAAACUAUUGAUCAUAAUAAAAUUGUUUAUAACUUGACGGGUACUAGUGAUGAUACUGAUACUAGUGCUAGUGUAAAGGAGGAAAAGAACAAAGGAUGCAAAGACGAAAACAAGUUGGUAAGGGAGGAGUUUAGCCCUGGUAGGAGGAGUACCAGCAGUAGUAAGCUGAGUCAGGAUUGGCUUGAGGAGGCUAGGCGCUUGGUCGCUUCUUCUCCUUCCCGCAGUAGCUCUCCUUCUCGCCUUGUUGGCUCGCCAAGGUUCGCAACAGCUGCGGCACAUGGAUCUCCGGCCUCGGCCUCGGCCUCGGCCUCGUCUGUUGAUAGAAGAGACCCACUAUCUAGGUCUGCUAGAAGAUAUAGAGCAGUGGAGAGUUUCAGCGGAGAAAUCCUGUCGAAGUCAGCCACACACAGUCGCAACAAAUCAGAAACCUUCGCAACCGGCGUCUCGCCGGCACCGGAAUCCCCUACUGAAGGAUCCCGUGCUUCUUAUUCUUCCAAUAGCUGGUUCUCCGACAUCCUCAAUCCCCCCAAUCCAACACCCACUCCGCAACAAAGCUUCGAACCUCAACCUCGAGUCCCCAUUCUCAUUUCUCGCCCAUCUCUGCCUCGUAAGUCCAGAUUCCAGACAGACCCCUCCUCGCCACGACCACAUGGGAUCCCAAUUCCUCCGGGUCGGAGCUUUCAGAGUGGUCCAACACUUUUGACCGACACCCAUUUGCUCUCUCCGCCCAAAAACCUUAUUGAGUCGGCUCAGAGGAGGUCCGUCUCUUCGUCCACGUGCUCCGUGGAGAAGAUUUCUCUUAAGCGCAGCUCAAAUGGGUUGCCAUCUGAAUCCGGUGAAACUCGGGACUUUGGCCUCAAUGGGUUCCUCAAGGAGCAGAGGAUUAGGCUUGGAAAAGUCUUGGAAGGUGAUGAUAAUGCCAAAGCCAAAAUCAUACUUUCUGGGUCUUCGAACAGUACGAGUUCCAUGGUAGCGGCCAUAUGCUAUGCAUGGUUAUUAGAGAACAAAGUGAGAAAGGAAAGUAAGACCAAAGGUGCUGAUGAAGAUGAAUAUGUUAUGGUUCCGGUUAUGAAUGUUAAGAGGGAGACAAUGUGGAAGCUACGACAGGCUGCUUGGCUUUUCUACCACGUUGGUCUUGAUGUUAACUCGUUGUUCUUUGCCAAUGAGGUGGAUUUGGAAGGACUAAUAAUGACUGGGAAAUUAAACAUGCUCGUGGUUGGACAAGAUGUCCUUAAAAUCAAUGGCGAGGUAGGGUCUCAGUGCACUAUUCUUACUGAUAAUUACUGUGAAGAUGCCUACGAUCUACUUCAGACCCCCGUACUGAAGAAACUUCUGCUUGCAGCUAUCCUGUUAGACACUCAGAACCUAAACUCAUCUAGUCAACAUUCAAUGGCAAGAGAUGCAGAGGCAGUUCAGUUGUUGCUAGUUGGCUCAACCCCAAAUUACAGAAAUGCUCUUUUUGAUCAAUUGAUCCAGGAUCAAAGAGACAAUUCCUUUUUAGAAGCUUUGCGGCAGAAUUAUGGGAAACCAUCUGAAGAGAGUGGUCAUGAGAGUGAGGAGCAUGUGGGGCUUAAGACUGUGGAUAGAAAAUCACUAUCUAAUCAUCGCCCUGAAGCAAUGGUACAACAUUCAGAACAGAAAAAUAAUGCAAAACCUAACAAGGUUUCUCAAAAAUCAGAAAAACCAAGUUCAUCACUUCCCAAAGGUUCUCCAACACCACCAACUAAAGCAAAUCCCGAUGCAUCUCGUGGAAAGAACAAGUUCUUCCUUGCAAAGUGGUUUGGUUUUGGAUCAAAAUAAAGGGAAUAUCUGUUUUUCACACCACUAACUGUAACUUCUAUAGAGGAAAACAAGAAUUUUGUUCCGUUUCAUAACACCUGGUCAAAUAUAGUGUCUUGGAUUUCAUUUGCUGGUAGGUUCAAUAAAACAAAUGGCGUUUCCAUUUCACUUUACUGCAGAGUUUUAACCCAUAGAAUGGUGAUGUCUUUGUAAGAAUGUGACUUAAGGCCAAAUUUUCUUUUAAGUUGUUGAUAAUUUUGGAUUGGUAACAUCAUGGCUCAGACAAAUUAUACAACAUUUUUUUUUCUUCUGUCAUAUUUUAUUGUCUCAUUGUGAUUUUGACAUGGAUAUUUGACAUAUAAAUUAUUAUCUUGUACUUGUCAAAGAAA